UUGUCCCCUUACUGGCUUUCAUGAAGAUACCUUACCGCACAGCUCAAGCGCUCAGACCUUUCCCUCGCUGGAUUUUCUGCAUCAACUUAACAAACUAGUGAAACUUUUAUUGAAGAUUAAGUUACUCUUAAGCUGUUAUUUAUAGCUCAAAGUCGGCUAUUUCGUUGACUCGUGGAAAAGUAUGGCUCAUGCUCAUACACGCAGUGUUAGAGGUGUAUUAUUGCUCGCAGAAUGGUAAUUAAGAGCUUGCAUGUCAAUCUUCCAGAAACUCGCACUUGAAGACGCAAAACAUAGCUGAUAAGUUUUCUGACAUGUGGAUCUAGAGCUCGACGUGGACCUCCAGUCUGGACUGAUAUGGGAGACGUCCGCUUGGCGAACUUUGUGAAACGGGAGUUGCUGUGGAGCGCGGAAAUUUCCUUCGUUUUCACGUAAGAUUCACGGACCGUGGAAUCAAUGUGGUGUCUGCCGAAAAUACGCGUGGCCCGAAACUCACCUAAACGUUGACACGUCUUGGAAGUGAUGCACUGGCUUCCCCUGGUUGCCAUGGUGAUCGCCUCGGCCCUGCCUUUCCCUCAAAGUCCUGUAUCCAGGCUUGUUGCCGCGACGAUAGAGCCUGGCAGAAACGACAGCAACAGCAGCUAUUCAGUCAGCAUGCCAGUCAAUUUAACAGCGAGCAACAUCUCCCACGAUGCUGUUGUUUCUCACAGUAACAAUAGUUUGAGCUACAGCAAAAACGACAGAACAGCUGAUACUUAUAAUCACACAAAAGGAAAGGAUAUCACAUUAUCCCCAUUUACAUAUGAAGCGGACAGUAUAACCAAAAGUGAAGCUAACCGAGAAAACAUUUUAUCUGAUGAGACAAAGAAUAUGGAAUACAAAUCACAAAAAAAACGUCUGGCCAAAAAUGCCAGCUCAAGCAAUAACGUUCUCAAGGACCAUCAACCUGAGUUUCAUGAAGAAAAGAGUACUGAGGCAGAGACUGAUAUGGACACGAGGAGUAGUCUUGAUGUUUCUAAGGGCUCUCUGAAGAGGUCCCAAGAACAUCAAGACGAAAUGCAAGGAGAGAUGGUGAAGCCAGCUGGGGUUAAGGUGGAAGUGCCAAUGAAGAUACUGAAGGAAGGUUUGGGAGCAGCACUAGGCUUUGGGUUAGACGCAGGCCUACGAGAAGAAGAUCAGAUGUUGCUCGACGCCCAUCCCCGCGUUCUCUUCUCUCCUGCCCUCUCUCCACCCAAACAUCCACCUCUGCUCCUAAUGCUGGAGUUAGGGUUGCUGGCUGAUGACGUUGAGGAUGAGGAAAGCCACACGAUGGACGCUACCCCAGCCAGGGAAGGCGCGGACCAAGAGUCAUAUAAGAACUUACUGCUGGGUGUCUCUGAUUCAGACAACCCCUCCUCGUUCCACGUAUCAUCCCACGAACAACAGCCGAGCAUCCGCCGCAAGCGGCAACUCAGUCACACCGCACAAAGCCGCCAGCGCUCGGUGUGCGAAGCCGAAAGCGGGUGGGUGACUGACAGGAAAACCUCAGUGGACCAGAAGGGCCAAAAGGUCAAUAUCUUACCAGAAAUCCAGACCCAGACGGGGCCACUAAAGCAGUACUUCUAUGAAACGAAGUGCCGUAAGCCAUCUCAGGAGGGUAAAGGGGAAGGGCAGGGGGUGGAGGGCGCAGGCUGCUUGGGAGUGGAUAAGAAACACUGGAUGAGCAAGUGUGAAACCAAACAGUCGUUUGUGCGUGCGCUUACAUCUGAUGUCAAUAACAGAGUAGGUUGGCGGUGGAUACGAAUCGACUCCUCCUGCGUCUGCGUGCUGCUCACCAGAGGAACAUACUACACUGAGAAGAAAGCAGAGAGAGUUCGAGAAGGGAGGGGGUACAGAUAAUCGGGAUAGCCUGAAGAAUGGAUCAAUACUGAAAAAAAGCAGGAUUAAAAGAUCGUGUGGAUAAGAGUGUAACUGGGUGUCUAAAGCAUCUCCAGCACACGUGGUCUUCUCACAUGGAAAUUUCUUUUCCAGAUGUUCCUGCAUCUCACUUCGCGAACACUUAUCACCACAGUGUCUCGCUGAGGGACAGCUCAGCCAAAAAUGAAAAUCCACUCGGCCUUAUAUCGGUCCAAGCUCAUGAUUUAUUUGUAUCUGUUGAACACACAAGAAUAUAGUUUAUAUAUAUUUCAUACAGCAAAAGAUUAUGGUCAUCCCAAUUGUCAAGCUCCAAUAGAGAACUACAAAGGUAGUGCAUAUGACUUAUGCAGUAUAUAUUUCAAUAAGUCUUCAGUGUUCAAUGAAAAAAUGAUACAGUGAGGUGAUGAGUAGGCAAUGACAGAUACUUUCUUCUUUUAAAGGUGAUGCGUGUAAUGUUUUCAAUGUUUUAAAAUACUUUUAAAGGGAUUUUCACAGAAAAAUUAAUAUUCUGUCAUUUAUUCGCCCUCCAAGUUGUUUCAAACUUGUAUACAUUUUUGUGUUCUGCUGAAUACAAAGGAAGAUAUUUUAAAGAAUUUUUGUAACCAAGCAGAUCUGGGGCACCAUUGACUUCCAUAGUAUGAAAAAAGUAAACAUGGAAGUGAAUGGUGCCCCAGAACUGGUUACAGUCUAUAAAAUAUUGGGUUGUUUUUAACCCCGGGCUAGGUAACUAUAGGACAGAACACAUUUCUGGGUUAAAGUGACCCAAAUAAUGGGUUGUUUUAACCCAGGAGUGGGGAACCCUGGGUCCUGGAGGGCCACUGUCCUGCAGAGUUUAGUUCCAACCCUAAUCAAACACACCUGAAUUUAAUUUCCUAGAAAUCCUGAAGACUUUAAUUUUAUUUUUCAGAUGGGGCUGUUUCAACAUGGUUGAUUAACAAUAACCCAGCAGUUGGUUUAAACAACCCAUUAUUUGGGUCAUUUUAACCCAGAAAUGUGUUCUGUCCUAUAGUUACCCAGCCCCGGGUUAAAUAUUUUUUAGAGUGUAUUAAAGGCGGGGUGCAUGAUUUUCGAAAAACACUUUGGAAAAUGGAUUCGAGCUGAGUACCAAAACACACUUGUAGCCAAUCAGCAGUAAGGGGCGGGUCUACUAAGUGACAUCAUUGUCUGGGUUGUGCGUGUUUGGGGCGGGUCUAUCAAAAGAAGGUCCAGAUUCUAUUGGGGUAGGGGCGUGUUUGUUUAGGUGAUUUCAAAUGUCAACAUUGGCUUUCAGAGAUCAUGCACCCCGCCUUUAAUAUUUUUUUUUUAAAUCUCUUAAUUUCUGUUAAGCAGAACAAAAAAAUUAUACAGGUUUGAAGGUGAGUUAAUAAUGACAGAAUUUUCAAUUUUCGGUAAACUGUCCCUUUAAUGUGAUUAGACUAACUUAAACAUUGGCCAAACCAAUAGCAUGAGUUUAAGGCAGGACAAUCUGUUUAUCCGGAAAGUACAUUUUGUUAAACAUUUGUGUUGAUGGUAGUAGCAUCGAAAUUACGCACUUCACCUUUAAUAUCUCCACGCUGCUCCACCUUCCACUAGGACAGUGUUUUAACUGUAAACUCACCAAAACAAGAAAACCUCAAUACUGGUGUCUAGGUCAGAUCAGUUUUUUUCUAUACUUUUCGUAUAUCGUGUUACAUUUGUUUUUUGUUGUGUCUAUAGUAUACAGACAAUAAGUUAUUACUUUUAGUAUGUAAGCUUAUGUACUUGAUAUUAAUAUAUUUCUUUACAAAUGUACAAUAUGUGAAACAUACAUAAUUGCAAGUAUGCAGAUAUAUGUGUAUUUAUAAAAAACUUUACAGAGGACCCGGGCUCACCGGUCAGCAGAAGUUUAACUUUUAGAAAAGGUCUCGCUUAUACUUUUGGAUGCGUGACCUUCAGGUGACUGACCCAAAACGUGCCUUAUGAGAUGCAGUUUGAUUUACAUCUCGGAAAUAUGGUUCUGUUAUGGGUGUUGGAUGACAAGGACACCUGUUUAGCGUAUUAGAAAAGUUACGUAGUAAAUGUGUUUGUUGGGUUUGAUGUUCUUUUUUAUUGAGUAAUUGUUAUAAUAAAGUAUUAUAAUCUU